AUGGUAACCGGCAGCAGCCGCAGCCACAGCAGGGCCGGCCCCAGCGCCAGCGCCGGCCGCGGCUCGGGCUCCGGCUCAGUGUGUGGGUGAGCGGCGGCGGCGCAGCCGGGCCGGGGAGCGGGCGCGGCCCGGCGGCCUCAGCAUGGAGGACGGCUUCUCGAGCUACAGCAGCCUGUACGACACGUCCUCGCUGCUCCAGUUCUGCAACGAUGACAGCGCUUCUGCUGCAAGCAGCAUGGAGGUAACAGACCGCAUUGCCUCACUGGAGCAGCGAGUACAGAUGCAGGAAGAUGACAUCCAGCUGCUCAAAUCAGCCCUGGCUGACGUGGUCCGGCGGCUGAAUAUUACUGAGGAACAGCAGGCCAUGCUUAACAGGAAAGGACCUACCAAAGCAAGACCACUGGUGCAGACCCUGCCUUUAAGAACCGCUAUCAACAAUGGGACUGUGUUACCAAAGAAGCCCAGUGGUUCUCUACCGUCCCCCUCCGGAGUCAGGAAAGAAACCGCUGUGCCAGCAACCAAAAGCAUCAAGCGGACCAGCUCUUCGGAACGAGUGUCUCCUGGUGGUCGCAGGGAGAGCAACGGGGACUCCAAAGGAAACCGGACUCGGACGGGUUCCACCAGCAGUUCUUCAAGUGGCAAAAAGAACAGUGAAAGCAAACCCAAGGAGCCCGUAUUCAGUGCAGCCCUUCUGUCUCUGUCUCCGAAAUCACAAGGGAAACGCCGGGUGACACACUGCAAAGAAGAAGGCUAUGUAAAAAUGUUUCUUCGUGGACGCCCUGUUACCAUGUACAUGCCCAAAGAUCAAGUGGAUUCUUACAGUUUGGAAGCAAAAGUAGAACUUCCAACCAAGAGGCUCAAGCUGGAAUGGGUCUAUGGGUACCGAGGUCGAGACUGUCGUAACAACCUGUACUUGCUUCCGACUGGAGAGACGGUCUAUUUCAUUGCAUCCGUGGUGGUGUUGUACAACGUGGAGGAGCAGCUGCAGCGGCACUACGCCGGCCACAAUGACGACGUGAAGUGCCUAGCAGUUCAUCCUGACAGGAUCACGAUAGCAACAGGACAAGUUGCAGGCACAUCUAAGGAUGGAAAACAAUUGCCCCCACAUGUGCGCAUCUGGGAUUCUGUGACACUGAAUACUCUGCACGUCAUUGGAAUAGGUUUUUUUGACCGAGCUGUCACCUGCAUUGCAUUUUCAAAAUCCAAUGGAGGAAGCAAUCUCUGUGCUGUGGAUGACUCCAACGACCACGUGCUGUCCGUGUGGGACUGGCAGAAAGAAGAAAAGCUGGCUGACGUGAAGUGCUCUAACGAAGCUGUAUUUGCUGCGGAUUUCCACCCCACCGACACCAAUAUCAUAGUUACCUGUGGAAAAUCACAUCUCUAUUUUUGGACACUAGAAGGAAACUCCCUUAUUAAGAAGCAAGGGUUAUUUGAGAAACAAGAAAAGCCAAAGUUUGUCCUUUGUGUGACUUUUUCUGAAAAUGGUGACACCAUUACCGGAGACUCGAGCGGCAACAUCUUAGUAUGGGGAAAAGGUACGAAUCGAAUAAGCUAUGCAGUUCAAGGGGCCCACGAGGGUGGCAUUUUUGCACUUUGUAUGUUAAGAGAUGGCACGCUGGUGUCAGGAGGCGGCAAAGACCGGAAGCUCAUUUCUUGGAGCGGAAACUAUCAAAAACUUCACAAAACUGAGAUUCCGGAACAGUUCGGCCCAAUACGGACAGUGACUGAGGGGAAAGGUGAUGUGAUCUUGAUUGGCACGACUAGAAACUUCGUUCUACAGGGCACCCUGUCAGGGGACUUUGCACCCAUCACUCAGGGUCACACUGAUGAGCUUUGGGGACUGGCUGUCCAUGCCUCGAAACCUCAGUUCUUGACCUGCGGUCACGAUAAGCACGCCACUCUCUGGGAUGCUGUUGGUCACCGGCCCGUCUGGGACAAAAUAAUAGAGGAUCCAGCUCAGUCUUCUGGUUUUCAUCCUUCAGGGUCUGUGGUUGCAGUUGGAACACUCACAGGAAGGUGGUUUGUGUUUGACACAGAAACAAAAGACUUGGUCACCGUGCACACCGACGGAAACGAGCAGCUCUCGGUGAUGCGAUACUCCCCAGAUGGGAAUUUCUUGGCAAUAGGCUCUCAUGACAACUGCAUCUACAUAUACGGAGUCAGCGACAACGGGAGGAAGUACGCUCGAGUCGGCAAGUGCUCAGGUCACUCCAGCUUCAUCACUCACCUGGACUGGUCUGUAAACUCGCAGUUCCUUGUGUCGAAUUCUGGAGACUAUGAAAUCCUUUACUGGGUUCCCUCUGCUUGUAAGCAAGUCGUAAGCGUGGAAACUACGAGAGACAUUGAAUGGGCUACCUAUACCUGCACUUUGGGAUUCCAUGUUUUUGGCGUGUGGCCGGAAGGCUCGGAUGGAACUGACAUCAAUGCUGUCUCUCGGGCCCGUGAGAAAAAACUCCUGUCAACGGGCGAUGACUUUGGCAAAGUGCACCUGUUCUCUUACCCCUGCUCACAGUUCAGGGCCCCAAGCCACAUAUACGGCGGGCACAGCAGCCACGUCACCAACGUCGACUUCCUCUGUGAAGACAGCCACCUCAUCUCCACGGGUGGGAAGGACACGAGCAUCAUGCAGUGGCGGGUCGUCUAGUCCCCGGCCAGGCCGGGAGCAGAACGCGCACGGAAGACACGACUCGCUUUGCGCUUGGUCACUGUGAUUUCUGUUCUGUUUAAAAAAUUUUUACAAACCUCAGGAAAACUAUGCCCUCCGCCGGUUACCUUAGCUCAGCGGGUCAGCGAGCGUCGCGUCGGACAAGCUGUUCCGUUCCGCGGUUUGGUGUACAACAUAUGAAACAGUGCACAUUGAAUGUGACAAAAGGUUUACACUGCGGUGACAUCGACAGAAGUAACUGGUAUAUCCUUAGUAACUUUUCUAUGAACUCUUCAAAAAUGGUCACAGAAUGCCUUUUAAAAUGCUGUAUAUAGUCUACUAUUUCACCACCUGGCUUGCUCGGUCGGUAUUUAUGAUGAUCAUGAGGUCCCGGCCCGCGGUAGCUGUAGACGAAGUGGUCCUACCAGGCCGAACAGCUGCAGAAGACGGCGACAGCUGACUCGCAGAGCUGCGUCGGGAAACUCGACGGGAGGCCGCGUUGGUCACACCUUCUAAGGUCCCACCACCUCUCCCCUCGGCAGGCUGUGAGGAGGGGUUGCAUUCUUCUCUGUUAGGCAGAUUCUACUCCACACUGACCGCAAUAUUUCAGCGGGGUACACGGGCGUUGCGGAGUGUCCAUGAGACCGUCCUGCCUAACCGAAUGCAGUCAGCCUCUUAACACCUGCGAGGUUCACGCCCCUCUGUCCCUUGUUCACGUGCCCUGAUUCACCGUGAGGCGUUUCACCGCCACCUUCUGUAUAUUCAUUGGCAUGAUACGAUAUCGUACUUGUAUAGGAUUGUAGCAAUUGAUAAUGAAUACGUAAGACUAGGCUUUACUGUUUAUGCUUAUGGACAUUGUACAUUUGUAUUCUACGACCAAGUAGACCAAGUCAAAAAGUGAUCUCCUGAGUGUCCCGUAAACCUGCAGAGAGGAGAAGCCUGGGAAGGCGCCACCAGGUACGAAGGGCAGCUGCUUUCCUGUCUUUGGUGCACGGAUGACUCGGUAUAGUAUGAAAUAAGGUUGUGUUCUGCGGAGUAGAACGUAGGUGGCAGAAAUUUGUCAAGAAGGCCUUAUCCAUUUUGAUUGUGUGACAGAUUGAAAUUUAUUGUUUACAUUGGGGAAUGUAUCUCGGAUUUUUAAAUAGAAGAGUAAUAAGCAGACUUUAAAACAAAUAUUACGAUUUUUACCCGUUCUAGGCAGGUAAAUGAAUUGAAUUAUCUGAACUCUAAGGCACUGGUUGUUUAGAGUGGCUGAUUAAGUGCAACUUUUGGAAACAUUUUUGAUGCCAUCACCAGCCUGCUGCAGACGUGCCGGGCACCAGUAAACAACUUGUAUUAAAGAUGAAUCUGUUUGUAUGUAUCCUUGUCAAAUAUAUUCUAUAAUGAAAUAAAAUCAGAAAAGUGGA